AUGAAGCUUUUGUGUUCCGUUAUUGCCCUUGCUGCCGCCUCCGCUAACGAUCCCAAUGAUUUCAUGAAGCGAAAGAGUAAACUCCUGCACUGGCACCCCUCUGUCGGACAAGUCUUGAAGGAGCAAGACAACUACGUCGUCACUGAGGAUGACGUCGCCGACUGGCAAGCUUGCGGUGACAACGCUGUUUGCACCAACGGCCGAGGCUGGAACUUCGAGUGCGCUUGCGCCGAAGGCUACCUCGACUUCGACCCAUCCAGCUACCGAAAGUUCGGUGCCUGCGUCUACGACUCUUGCGCUGACACCACCUGCCAGGACAACGCCUCCUGCAGCGUCUCCGCUGAUGGUGCUGCCUCCUGCGCCUGCGACGAUGACUACUACUACGAGUCCGUCGAACAAUUCGAUGCUGACGGUAACUCCACCGGAUUCGCUGACACUUGCUACUUCGAUGCCUGCGCCGAAGACCCAUGCGCUGACAACACCGACUGCGCCAACGACGCCGGUUCCGCCGUCUGCUCCUGCAGCGCUGGCUUCUUUGACUACGCUGGUGAUGCUUCUAACUGCGUCCCAGACGCUUGCGGCAGCUCCGAUGACUGCUCCGCCGAUGCCACCUGCACCGUCGAGCUCCCAGACGUCAACGGAACCGCCCAGUGGUCUUGCGAUUGCGACGAUGGUUUCUACGGUGAUGGAGUCACUUGCUACGUUGACUCCUGCUCCGAGGACCCAUGCCAGGCUGACUCCACCUGCGCCAACGACAUGAACGACUACUCUUGCACUUGCAACGCUGGUUUCUACCUCGGCGCUGAUGUUAACGGAACUGACUUCUGCUGGACCGAUGUCUGUGACAGCGCCAACCCAUGCUCCGCUGACGCCGCCUGCGCCAACCAGGCUGAUGGCUCCCAGGAGUGCUCUUGCAACGAUGGAUUCAAGGGAGACGGAUACGAAUGCACCAACAUCGCUGGUGAGCGAGCUGCCAACAUCCUUGCCCGAGCUGCUGAAUUCGAGGCCACCGCCGCCGCUGACCUCGUCAACGACACCCGAGCUGCUGGCCGAGUCCAGAAGGCCCUCAACGCCUUCAACAACGACAUCUUCUUCGUCAGCGAAUGGACCCAGGGAUGCUACAACAACGGUGACCUCCAGGCCGAUGCCGCUGAGGCCGCUGACCUCGAAUCCUCUGAAGAGCUCCUCGGAUGGGACUCCGAUGAUCUCUGCGCCUUCGCUGAUGAUCUCCAGACCGCUGCCAAGCGAUUCGCUCGAUCUUUCGCUUGCGUCUCCUCCUUCGGCUACAACGCUGAGAAGAACAUGGCCUUCAACACCAAGCGAGUCCACAAACAACUCAAGCGACAGAACAAGAAACUCAAGAACUUCGGCAAGAAAAUCGAUGCUGCCCUCGACUGCUAA